AGAAAACAGAGGGACAUGGCGAGCCUGAACUGGUCAUAUGAGGGAGAAAAUGGGCCUGAGCACUGGAGCAAACUUUACCCCAUUGCUAGUGGAAACAAUCAGUCUCCUAUUGACAUCAAAACCAAAGAGAUCAAGCACGAUGCUUCUCUGAAACCCUUCAGUGUUUCCUACAACCCAGCAACAGCCAAAGAAAUCAUCAACGUGGGUCAUUCUUUCAACGUCAAUUUUGAAGACAAAGAUAACCAAUCAGUACUAAAAGGAGGUCCACUUGCUGGAAGCUUCAGGCUGCGGCAGUUCCAUUUCCACUGGGGUUCUGCUGAUGACCAUGGCUCUGAGCACACAAUAGAUGGAGUAAAAUACUCAGCAGAGUUACACAUAGUUCACUGGAAUUCUGAAAAAUAUGCCAGCUUCUCUGAAGCAGCUCAGAAACCUGACGGCUUGGCAAUUAUUGGUGUUUUCUUAAAGCUUGGCCAGGCCAACCCAAUCCUACAGAAAGUAAUUGGUGCCCUAGCUUCAAUCAAAACUAAGGGCAAACAAGCUCCUUUUGCUAAUUUUGACCCAUCUUCUCUGCUACCUCAAUCCUUGGAUUACUGGACCUACUUUGGCUCUUUGACUCAUCCCCCUCUCCAUGAGAGCGUAACCUGGAUUCUUCUUAGGGAACCAAUCAGUGUCAGCUCUGAACAGCUGGCCCAGUUCCGAAGUCUUCUGUCAAAUUCUGAAGGUGAAAAAGCCUCUCCCAUAGGGCACAACCACAGAGUACCCCAACCACUGAAAGGGAGAGUAGUGAAGGCCUCAUUCCACUGA